AUGAGUAGCACUUCGUCCUUCGGUGGUACAGGCUCGAGCCUGGCACGAGCGGUGGUGAUAGUCGCUGGUGUUUCUGCGCUGGUAGCUUCACUUCUGAAAAAUUAUCGAAAACCACUCCUCCAGCGUUAUGUUGUUCGCAUACUGUUGAUGGUCCCUAUAUAUGCGGUUUCCUCCUGGGCUAGCAUUAUAUCUUUGAAAGCGGCGAUGUGGCUGGACCCCGUUCGCGAUGUCUACGAGGCGUUCACAAUCUAUACCUUCUUCCAACUACUCAUCAACUUUCUUGGAGGCGAGCGAGCCUUGAUCAUAAUGACUCAUGGCCGUCCUCCGAUUCAACACGCUUGGCCACUAAACCAUAUCCUGCCCAAAGUGGACAUCUCCGACCCUCAGACCUUCUUGGCUGUCAAGCGUGGUAUCCUCCAGUAUACCUGGCUAAAGCCAAUCCUGGCUAUCAUCUCUAUUGUCAUGAAAGCGACGGACACCUAUCAGGAAGGCUAUCUAGGCUUGACGUCGGGGUAUCUCUGGACGGGUAUCGUGUACAAUGUCAGCGUGACCAUGAGUCUCUACUCAUUAGCCAUGUUUUGGGUCUGUUUACACAACGACCUGGCACCGUUCCGUCCGGUACCUAAGUUCCUCUGUGUCAAGCUUAUCAUUUUUGCUUCUUACUGGCAAGGCUUUUUCUUGUCCAUCUUGCAAUGGCUGGGCGCUCUAUCCAACGGCGUGGCGGGAUACACUCCCGACAACCUCGCCGCUGCGAUUCAGGACAGUCUGAUCUGCUUCGAGAUGCCAUUCUUCGCCAUUACCCACUGGUAUGCUUUCUCCUGGCAUGACUACGCCGACUCCACCAUCUCGGCUGCCCGUCUGCCUGUGAAGUUUGCCCUGCGUGAUUCCUUUGGUAUCCGAGACCUUAUUGAAGACACGAAGAUGACCCUUCGAGGAGAAAACUACGAAUACAGACUCUUCGAUUCCGGUGAUCACAUCAUCCCUCACGCCGAGUCCAACUCCCGUGUCAGGAGAGUGAUGCAAGGCAUGCGGUAUGAGCGUGGGGGAAAAGCGAAGUACUGGAUUCCCAAGCCAGGCGAGGUUAACAGUCGAACGCCAUUGCUAUCAGGGUCAGAAGGAAGCAGUCGCGAUCGACGAAGCAGCACACUAAGUCGCUUUCGAUCAAACAGUGACAUCGAGGAGAUAGGCCUGGAUGAUGAGGAUGAGAGACUCUUUACCAAUGCACGCGCUCUUGAAUUCGGCGAUUGGAAUUACCCCGUGAUCACAGCCAACGAAGUGCCGGAGGAUCAACGGCAAAUACACCACCGAAGCCCACCAAGUCUACAAAAUCCUGGAGCAGUGAAACGGACGCGGAAGCACCGAAAGUCCCGCAUAAACAGUGGCGGGGUCACCCCACGCAGUGAAGGCAGCACCCGUAGUUCUCGCAGGGAACCCACCAACGGUCGCCAGACGGUUCGUCAGGAAACUAGCUCAUCCAUAUCCCACAGCUCCCAGCGUAGUCAGCUGGUGGACCUGGUAGUCGAAGAUCACAAAGCAGAGGAAGCAGAAAGAGUGCACACACAGAAGGCGUUCGGAUCGACCUGGCUGGAACCCGAGCAGAGGCACUUCCAGAGACCCUCUGGGGAGCCAGUUGAUGAACGACCAGACUAUCUCGAAAAUAGCGCAGAUGGCACAAUGGAAAAUACCAGAGCUGCAAGCCCAACCGACCGAGCAGGAGAUGAUGAACCAACGACACGGCCAAAUUGGGCAUAUGGAGGGUUGGAAGAGGAGAAUGUGUGGGAUCGCUAG